AUGGAAAGGCAGGUGCUGGGCAUGCAGCAGUGUUUUGUUAAAGCGAGUGAUCACCCAGCUGUCGUCAUUCCCAGAUGUGGCCCAGCAAGUCCAUUUAAAGGACACUUAAGUACUAAAAGUAAUGCUUUCUGCAUUGAUUCCUCACAGAGUCUAACUAAUCAGUACCUAAUCAGAGAUCACCUGAUGUUUCAUUAUAACAAAAUCCUUUCAGCCAAAGCAGCUGUAGAUUGUUCAGCACCCAGAAGUAGGUUGACCAGCAUCAAAUUUGCAGACCAGCAAAGAAGAGAGAAACUGAAAAAGAAGAUAGCCAGGUGUGAAAAGGAGAUGAGUGAGGGUAAAAAUGCCUCACGAUCCAGCUCAAGAGAGAGCGGAAGGAUGCUGUCUUCUUCUUUGGGAAAGAGUUCCUUGGAAGCAGAAGACAGCAACCUUCUCUUCCCCUCUGCUCAGCGAGCAUAUUACUGCCCUAGAGUACUGCUGCCUCCCGGCGAGCAGGACUUGGUUCGCUUCAGUCCUGUAAAAUAUUCCAGAAAAUAUUCUCGAAAUACUUCUAACAACUCAAACUCAAGUGUCAGGACAUCAAGUCCACAAAGAAAAACCUCGGGACUUUCAUGUAGUUGCUCCACUGAUAGUUUUGUCGGCAUCAGUCAUUCCCAGCAGCGUCAAGAAACUAAAUCCAAGGUAUACAGCAGGGAUCUCCUAGAGAGGCACUCUGACUUCUUUACUAGUAGUCACAAACCUUUUACUCCACGCACCUUAAUAUCAGAUGCUAAAUCCUUCCUGUCACAGUACAGGUAUUACACUCCCGCGCGGAGGAAAAGGAAAAGUCGCUAUAAGCAGCAGGUGGAUGCUGAAACACAGACUGAUGUAAGCAGGUACAGAGAUCAGUUCUUUGAUUUAUAUAAAGAUCUUAUUCUUAGGAAAAUGCGCCAUCUGCUGGACGUGCUCAGGGAGGAGCUGGGGGCCGCGCAGGAGGCCGGGUCCGCCGGCCCAGCGCAGGGGCACAGCCAGGCCGCGCGCAGGGACGGCGCCUUCGGCACCGGGGACUUGCUGUGGACGGAACCCACCGCGCGCCGAUCACCCGUGGGUUUGGAGACGUCGAGGGAGAGGCAGAGCAAGGGGGCUUUGUCACCAGAUGUGGCUGAAAUGAUGGAUGCUGCGACAGACACUCGCUCUUCUGCGAAAUCUGAACGUGGCCGAGGAAUUUCACCCACAUUUGAUGCCACUUUAAACUCUAUUACUUGUGACAGUGAUUUGGAAAUCAACAAGGACCUGGAUGACCUUGAAGAAAGCUUUGCAGAGGCCCUUCAGCUCUCGCCUGGCUAUCCAGAGUAGUAGCCAAAAUUUAGCUGCUAGCUAGGGAUGGAGAUAGUUCUGUGGAGAACUGCCCUUCACAGA